AUGGUCGUGGGAAACAUCUACGCCAUUGCGGCGGUCUCCGUCAUUGGCGGUGGUCUGUUUGGUUUCGAUAUCUCGUCCAUGUCGGCCAUCAUAAGUACCACCGCCUACAAGUGCUAUUUCAACCAUGGUCCUAGGGGACCGCCUUUCAAUGACGACGACGUCUGCAGUGGUCUCAGCUCCCUGGCGCAGGGUGGUGUGACAGCUGCCAUGCCUGGUGGUUCGUGGCUCGGUGCCCUGAUCUCUGGUUUCAUCUCGGAUCGUCUUGGUCGCAAGUAUUCUAUUAUGGUGGGAUGUGUUAUCUGGAUUAUCGGUUCUAUUAUCAUUUGCGCUUCCCAGAACAUGGGUAUGCUGAUCGCUGGUCGUAUCAUCAACGGCCUGUCCGUCGGUAUCGAAUCCGCCCAAGUUCCCGUCUACAUUUCCGAAAUUGCCCCUCCGUCGAAGCGUGGUCGCCUGGUCGGUUCCCAACAGUGGGCUAUCACAUGGGGUAUUCUGAUCAUGUACUAUAUCUCCUUCGGCUGCAGUUAUAUCGGUGGCAGAACCUCGUCAACCUACAGCGAGUCGGUCUUCCGCAUCCCCUGGGGUGUGCAAAUGGUCCCCGCUGUUCUGCUUUUCAUUGGUAUGAUGUUCCUGCCCGAGUCGCCCCGUUGGCUUGCUCGCCACGACCGUUGGGAAGAGUGCCAGGCGGUUCUUACCCUCGUCCACGGAAAGGGUGACCCCAACAGCCCCUUCGUUGCUGCUGAGAUGCAGGAGAUUGGGGAGAUGUGCGAGUUUGAGCGCCAGAACGCCGAUGUCACCUACUUCGAGCUGUUCAAGCCCAAAAUGAUCAACCGUACUUUCAUUGGUCUCUUCUGCCAAAUCUGGUCCCAACUUACUGGCAUGAACGUUAUGAUGUACUACAUCACCUAUGUGUUCAGCAUGGCUGGCUAUAGUGGCGACGCCACUCUGCUUGCUUCUUCCAUUCAAUACAUCAUCAACGUUAUUAUGACCGUUCCUGCCCUGAUCUGGGUCGACAAGUGGGGACGUCGCCCGACCCUGCUUAUUGGAGGUGUUCUUAUGAUGAUCUGGAUGUUCGCCAACGCCGGUAUUAUGGGCGCUCACGGUGUCGUUGUCCCUGGCGGCAUUGAGGGUGUGGCUGAGGCAUCUAUGCGCCUCUCGGGUGCUCCUGCCAAGGGUCUGAUUGCUUGCACCUAUCUCUUUGUCGCCUCUUACGCCCCGACCUGGGGUCCCGUCUCCUGGGUGUAUCCGCCUGAGCUGUAUCCCCUUCGUGUCCGUGGUAAGGCAGUUGCUCUUGCAACCUCUGCCAACUGGGCUUUCAACACUGCUCUUGGUCUGUUCGUGCCUGUUGCCUUUACCAACAUCCGCUGGCAAACAUACAUCAUCUUUGGUGUCUUCCUGUUUGUCAUGAUUCUUCACGUCUUCUUCCUGUUCCCCGAAACUGCUGGCAAGACCCUGGAGGAGACUGAGGCUAUCUUCGAGGACCCUCACGGCAUUCCUUAUAUCGGUACCCCUGCCUGGAAGACUUCCCACGAUGCCAAGCGCACCGUUGCUGCUGAGCAGGGCGAUGUCGAGGUGCUGGGCGAGAAGCUUGCUGGAAACAAGUCCGCCGCCGUGCACGCCGAAACCACCGAGACUUAA